AUGCUCUUGACCAGUGCUACGCUCCAAAUCUUCGAAGUCUUGCUGCAGAGGUUCACCCCUCACACCUACGGCAACCUGGUGCUGCGCAAUUUCCCAGACGGCACCUUUACACAAGCCAAUAGCCCAGGCAUCAUCGCGGCCUGGGAAAAAGUAGAACUGUGGACCCAACUCGUGCCCAGCGAACUCAGACCACUCAAGAGCGAGGACGAGGAAGAUGAUUACCACAACUACUACCUCGAGGCACAGAAACACGCAGCUGACUGUGCUGCAGCGAAAGCCAAGUGGUGCGGUUCUGCCGGUGGAUUGGGUCAGAACAUCAAUCCUAACGAAGAAAAUAACAACAACCAUGCGGCAUGGUUCAUCAGUUAG